AUGUCAAGCUCUCAAUAUAGACUACGUGAGUGUGAAUCUUCAACAUGUACUGAACACACUGAAUAUAUCUGUGAGACAUGUCCACGUGCAAUUUGUUUCAAAUGCGCAGAGAGCCAUGUUAACGAUCUCAAAACGAUAGAUCAUAAAAUUGUAACUUACCGGAGUAAAUAUGAAUAUACCCCAUCACAAGAAAACUGUGCAAAACAUUUUGGCAGUGUUUAUGAAAUGUACUGUACAUUUUGUGAACUCCCCGUCUGUUUCAAAUGUACCGAACAUGAAAAUCAUAUGCUAGUUGACAUACAAAAACAAUAUGAAACAAAGCGACAACAAUAUGAAAAAAGCAUUGACAGCAUCAGAAAAGAAAUUCUCUAUUCCGAACGUUUUCUUUUAUCAGACAUAAAAGAUGAUAUCAAAAGAUGCCACACGACGUUUUCUCUGUAUCGAUCAAAGAUGUUGAUUAAGGCCCAGAGAGUAAAGGACUAUAUGUUAUCUGGUUUUCACUUCAAAUACAGAUGUCUUGGUCAUCUUGCACACAUACAGAUAUAUGAAGACAAUGUGACACAAUCGUCAGCAGUGAAAUUCCUGUCUUCGGUCAAGAAACCGUGUCCUCUCUUUAAACGGUGCAGUCCUUAUUUUGCAUAUUGCAGCCAACUUGUCGUGACGAAGUGUCUCAUAGAUAAAGAUGUGAUAGAUUUUCUAAGUUUGGUUCAAUCCAAAGAAAGAGAAAUUCGAAAAGUUAUAAAAGAGAGUCUAUUGAAACUAAUGCCUAAUUGCCCUGAGCUAUAUGAAACAAUGACAGUAACAUGUGUUUUGCAUUGUCGCCAUAUCUCAUUUGUGACAUCAGACCAGUUCUGGAUUAGUGAUAAAAAAUGCAAUCUUAGCUUGACAAACAAAAUGGGUGAUAUUCUAUGUGAACUGACGGAUGUAUGUAGUGGUGUUGGAUUCCACACAGUGAACGAUGAAAAUGAAUUACUUUAUAUAGAUACAAAGAAUAACAUUAAUAAACUUUCAACAGAUUUAAAAGGACACACAAUCUUUAUACAGACAAGUGAUAGAACAUGGGUAUUUUUAUGCUUGUAUUGGUCCUCGUUAACAGAAGAAUUACUUGUUGGAAUGCGUGGACAGCUAAAGGAUACAUUCAAAGUCACCCGGUACAGUCGAUAUGGACAACUGAAAAACACAAUACAAUACAAUGACACAAAACUGAAAUUGUGCCUAUACCCUCGCUUUUUAACAGUAAACAACAAUUUGGAUGUUGUUGUGUCGGGGCCAGGUGCCGUUUUGGUGACAGAUCAUCGAGGAAACCAUCGCUUCUCUUACACGGGACACCCUUCAGCAUCAGCAUUUUUACCACAAGGGUUGUGUACCGAUGCUUUGUCUCAUAUUCUAGUUUGUGAAACAAAAACCCACACAGUUCAGCUGAUAGACGUGGAUGGCAAGUUUUUGUUUCAUCUUCUCAUUAGACCCUCGGGAAUAUUUUAUCCAUACAACUUGAGAUAUGAUGCCAAAACGCAUCGUCUCUGGGUUAUGUCAUUUAAUAAAAUAUAUGUCUACAGGUAUUUGACGCAAAAGGACAUCUUGGCAGAUAAAACUUCCGACAAUACUAAUGAAACGAACGCCCAUGAUCAAAUCCAAGUUUCAUCGACAGUAAAACCACAAGAAGAAAAAGGUAGUCUGAAUGUGUUUAAACCUCCAAAACUUCAUCAUACGUUUUCAGUUGAUGGUGCUGUUAGAUGUAUACACAUUUCUUUUGUGAAACCAGAAAAUGCUUGGAUCAGUGAUGAUAAAGAUAACAUAAUCUUUACAAACUCAAAAGGUGACAACCUACAUCAUGUGAAGCGCAAAAGUCGAAAUCAUGGAAUACACACUGUAAACAGCGACAGUGAAUUGAUAUAUAUCGAUGAUGAAAACAAUAUUAAAAAACUGUUAAAAGAUAAGAAAGCUACCAUGAUAUUUCUAGCAAAUAAUUCUAAGUGGCGACUGCUGUGUAUUUACUGGUCUGAACCCACUGACAGUUUACUAGUCGGGAUGAGCCACAAACCCCUAAGGUACCAAAAGAGGGAACCAAACAUACAAGAUAUCCAGGGGCUGAAAAUAUACAAAAAGUCAGUAGUGUGCAGCAAUGUUACCCGGUACAACAAAAUUGGAGAGAAAAUUCAAACAAUCCAAUACGACAAAACAGGACAAGAAAUGUAUAGACAUCCUCUUUAUAUCACAGAAAACAACAAUGGGGACGUUGUGGUAUCUGAUAACGAGGAAGCUAUCGUUGUGACAGAUAGUAGAGGAAUUUAUUGUUUCACGUACACAGGUCACCCAUCAGGGUCGGAACUAUCUGCUCGUGGGGUUUGCACGGACUCUCUGUCUAACAUCCUAAUAGUUGACACUAAAACCAAAACAGUGCAUAUGAUAAACCAACACGGGAAAUUUCUGGGGUAUUUGCUAAAAGAUUUACAAGAGAUAGAAAACGUAUCCUGUCUGUGUUAUGAUGUCACCGCUUCUCGACUCUGGGUAGGAUCAUGGACGAACAACAAAGUGACUGUCUAUAGACAUAUAGACCAAACUGAUGCUCUUACCGAUGAAGCUCAAAGUUGUUUAGAUGAAGAUACCUUGGGCAGCUGCUCCCGGACAAAUCCAACGUUUUAGAUAUUUUGGAUACAGAUGGAGUUUUUCAGCAUAAAAUUCCAGCUAUAAUGUAGCUAUAACCGAUAGACGUUACAAUUUAUAUGGACUCCAAAGGUGGCGUUUCUAGAUGUCAAACUUAUGGUAAAACAAUGCUAGCACAAAAUCAUUAUAAUGUAUAUUGAAUUUUUUUUUAUUUUUUCUUUUAUUUUAAUUGAUUUCUUUUCAUAUUCAUAAUAUGCA